AUGCAAUUGCCUGUCGUUUUGGCUGAUAUCGAAAUGGAUCCAGAAGAAUUGGAACAUUUUUCUGCAAAUGCUCAUUUUAAACUAUAUAAAGAAUCAAUGAAAGAUGACGACGAUAUGGAUGAAUGUGAUAGUAGUGCAAUUUUACAGCAACAACCACAGAAAGAAACAUGUGAUGAUGAAUUAAAUGAUAAACAAAGUUGUACAGUUAAAAUAGAAGAAAAUAGCCAUGUUGAAGAAAAUGGAAUUAUUGAACAUGAAGAUUUAGAAUUAGAUGAUGAAGAGGAAGAGGAAGAGAUUUUUUCUCAACCUGACACAAGACUGCCGACUGUUGAAUCUCAAUUGUGUGCACCAUUAAAAUGUCCAUAUUGUGCCGAUGAAUUUGUUCAAUUAAAUGAAUUACAAAUUCAUGCUGCACAAUUGCAUGAAGAUCAUGCCGAAAUUAUCAAUUGUACGCAUUGUAAUGCAACAUUUACAAAUAAGGAUGAUCUUCAACAUCAUUUAUCGAGUCACAUUGCUAGUCAAGUUGCAUGUCAGUUAUGUCAAAAGAUAUUUGCGAAUAUCUACCGUUUACAACGUCAUAUGCUUAGUCAUGAAAUUGAUCCACAAACAAGAAAAUUUAAAUGUAUGCAUUGUUCCAAAGCAUUUAAAUUUAAACAUCAUUUAAAAGAACAUGUGAGAAUACAUACUGGAGAAAAACCGUUCGUGUGUGAUGCAAGAUUUGGCGUUGGACCAGCAGCUUUAGCGGCCGCAUUAGCAGCAGCAGCCGCUGCUGCUGCAAAUGGAAAUCUUUCUCUACCACCGCCAGCAUUCUUAUCGGCAUUUCCGAAUCCAUACAUUCCGAGUUUUUCACAACAACAACUAAUUCAAUAUGCCAGACAUGAUUCAUCAAAAAAAUUGAAUAAUAACAACAACAUAGAUUAUCAAAGAUUAAAUGGACAGUUAUUUCCAGUUUCAUCUUCACCAUCACCAAAAUGUGAUCGAACACUAAAAAAACGUCGACGUUCUGGCUCAAAAUCAUCAUCACCGUCGACAUCACAAUGGGCGUAUUUAUCCACAUCAACACCAAAUACUACUACAAAUACAAGUUCACCUGAAAAUGGUAUCAUGCAUCACUCAAAUGAGAAUCCAUUAGCUUCAUCUUCAACCUCACAUGAUAAUAAUGACACGAAUAAUGUUAAUACUGAAUUAGAAGCUGGCGAAAUUUUGCCAACAAUGACAACCUCCACUACCCCAAUUUAUGAAAGAAAAACAAAAAAUCGUCUACCAGCAUCUGAACAUGAGUUAAAACAGUCAUCAACACUUGAAGUAACAAAUGGUUAUUCAUCUACCUCGUCAACGCCAACCAACUCAUCGACCUCUUCACCAUCAUUCCACAGCUUUUUGCCAGAUAAGCAACAAAUAAACAUGCUGCGUGCCCAUUAUGCUUUGAAUCCAAAUCCAAAUUCAAAUGAAUUACACGAAAUAUCCAAGCGUGUGGGAUUAAGUGAACAACAUGUUCAACAUUGGUUUAAUAUAUUGCAUACAUCCUAUGCAGCUAAUGUUAAUAAUCAUCGAAAUACUAACAACAAUAACUAUCUCAAAUCAAUGCCAGCAACAACGUCAUCAUCUUACAUUCCUCUCUCUCUUCCAACGUUACCAACACCACAACAACAAUCUCAACCAUUACCGUCUCCAUUUAUUCCAUUAGCUUAUUAUCAUUUGAGAGCAUCAUUAUUAGCGGCAGCCGCCAAUGCACAAACCUCUUCACCUACUGUAUCAUCGUCUUAUUCUUUAACAAAAGCCAAACCAGUACUGGCACCACCACCGCAACGAGAACAAACCGAACCGUUAGAUUUAACUGUUAAAAAACAAAUUGCACGAUUAUCAUCAACAUCAUCAUGUUUAACUUCAAAAAGUAACAGUGAUUCUUUAUAUUUAAAGACGAAUGGAACGACAAAUGCUAAAACAAACCACAAAAUAAAUACAGAACAUUUUGCUGCGUUACACAUGUCAACUCCACUUCAAAAUCAUUCAAUUACUAAUACAAACAAUGAAUUAUCAUUUAAAUGGUUUGAUAAUAAUAAUGUGAAUAACGGAAAUAAACUUGAAUGGAUUAAGCGCGACUCAUCUAGUCCAGACAGUAUGAAUUAUUCGUCUGACAGUAUAUCAAACGAUGAAUCAUCGAUGUGUGGUGGUGGACAAUCGCUAUCGUCUCGAAAAAGAAAAUCAUGGAAAAAUCAUAUGACGGGUGAUAUGUAUGCGUGUGAUUUGUGUGAUAAAAUGUUUAGUAAACAAAGUUCAUUAGCCAGACAUAAAUAUGAACAUUCAGGUGUUCGACCAUUUAUUUGUGAUGUUUGUCAAAAAGCUUUUAAACAUAAACAUCAUUUAGCUGAACAUCGUAGAUUACACACUGGCGAAAAACCAUUUCAAUGUUCAAAAUGUUUCAAACGUUUUAGUCAUUCAGGUUCCUACAGUCAACAUAUGAACCAUCGUUAUAAAUAUUGUCGUCCGUAUCAAAUUGAAGCAACAUUAGAGAAAUCUGAUUCGAAAAAUAUUAAUCUAACUGAUACUGUUAAUGACGAUGAAUAUACACAAACAACAACAGCGUCCGACUUUUCUAAUCAUCAUCUUGGUACUAACACCAAUAAUAAUUAA